GACCGUGUCGAGAUAACAUUUUUGUAUAUUUAAAUGGCAGCAGUUUGUAUAUAAUCAUAUUUUCCGCAUAUUCUUGUUACUGUGCACUUCUAACGUUAAAACAACAAUUGUGGAUCAUUGAAAACAACGAGCACCAAGAUGGAGAACAUCAUAUUUGUGUGUGCACUUAUGCUUUUCCCAUCUUCUUUGGCACAAAACACCCUCAACUCACAUGAAGAAAUCAUAGAAUUCAUAAAUUCCAAUCAAUCAUCGUGGACUGCCGGAGUGAAUUUCGCCGGCAAAGAUCUAAAAGACCUUUUACCUUUAUUCAAUGGUGUUCUUGGACUUCAUCCUGAUCCUAAUUUUACGAUACCACUAGUGUUCCACGACACCUCAAAAAUAAAACUUCCUGCCAGUUUUGAUGCUAGAACCAACUGGCCUCAGUGUGCCGAUAUCAUAGGAAACAUUCUAAACCAAGGACACUGCGGUUCCUGUUGGGCAUUCGCUACAACGGAGGUUAUGUCGGACAGACUCUGCAUACAAAGCAACGGAAAAGUCAAAAUGCAGUUAUCUGCCGAAGACGUUGUUUCAUGUUGUUCCAACUGUGGGUAUCAGUGCCAAGGAGGUUAUCCUGCUGCCGCUUUUCAGUACUGGAACUCGUACGGCGUUGUCUCUGGAGGAGAUUAUUUAUCAAAUUCUGGUUGCAAGCCGUACGGGUCAUCCGAAUUUAACAAUGGCGUUGCAGCGAGAUGUCAACAGGCAUGUUCUAAUCCUUCUUACAAAACUCCUUACAAUUCGGACAAGCACUAUGGAGCAAGUUAUUACCAAAUACUCGGAAUAGAAACGUUAAUUCAGAAUGAAAUUUCUACCAAAGGAGCAGUUUCGGCUGUUUUUAUUGUCUAUCAAGAUUUUCCAUAUUAUCAAACUGGUGUCUAUUACCACACAUAUGGUGUAAUGUUAGGUCGGCAUGCAGUUAAAAUUAUAGGUUGGGGAACCGAAAAUGGAAAUCCGUACUGGUUGGUCGCUAAUUCGUGGGGAAAAAAUUGGGGUGGAUUAGGUGGAUUUUUUAAAAUAUACAGAGGUAACAAUCAAUGUGGUAUCGAAGGGGGCAUACUUGUGGCCGAUUCAAAGGUUUAUUCACCAGAUCCAGUAGUUUUUCUGAUGUGAAUAAUUCAAGACAUGAUCUAUUUUUCUUGAUUGUUUUGAUUGAUUCAUUUAUUUUUCUCACUCUUUUUGUUUUAAUAUCAGCAUAUUUAUUUUGAUUAGUUUUCUUUCACUGCAUACGUGGAAGAAUUAUUAAUUUGAAAAAAAAAUUCUUAAUUGGAACACAAGUGCUAAAAUUAGGUAUAAGUGUGAAACUUAGUUUUAUACUAACAGAGUUUACUAGUACAUUAUAGUUUAUUAUAUUAUAAUAACUUGAAUACAGAAUACCCAGUACAUAAUA